CUACUGCAGAGUUGGGCUUAACUCCACCCAACAGCCAAGUCUGAAACAACUGACCGUACCAUGAGGGCUUUCGUUUUCUUUCUCUUCAUUCUCCUGGCCGAGUUCUCAGCAUCUUCAACCCAGAUUUCAAAUACCAGUGUUUCCAAACUAGAAGAGAAUCCAAAAUCUGCACUUAUUCUGGAGAAAAAAAAUGAAGCUAACCAUCUAGGACAACAAAGGGAUUCUAGUAAGCAAGGAGGUAGUUAUACACAAGGAAAUCCAGGAACAUUUAGUCUUCAAGGACAACCAGGAUAUUUUAACAAGCUAGAGAAACCAACACAUUUUAAGCAAGGGAGAGCAGGAGUUUUAAACCAGCCUGGGAUUUUAAAGAAUUCAGGAAAAUCUAACCAAAAAGGGAAUCCAGAAUCUUCUAAUAUGCAGGAAAACUCAGGAUCUUCUAGCCAACUAGGGAAACCAGGGAUUUAUACCCAAAAGGUGAAUCCAGGGUCAUCUGGCCAACAAGGGAAACCAGGGUCAUUUAGCCGGAAAGUGAUGGUGGGGUCAUCUAGCCAACAGGGGAAGCCAGGAUCAUCUAGCCAACAUGGGAAUCUAGGGUCAUCUACCCAGAAAGGGAAUUUAGGAUCUUCUAGCCUACAAGGGCAUCUGGGUUUAUCUAGCCAUCAAGGGAAGCCAGAGUCAUCUAGCCAACAAGGGAAGCCAGGGUCAUCUAGCCAACAAGGAAAUCUAGGAUCUUCUAGCCAACAAGGGAAUCCAGGGUCUUCUAGCCAUCAAGGGAAGCCAGGGUCGUCUAGCCAUCAAGGGAAGCCAGGGUCAUCUAGCCAACAAGGAAAUCUACAUUUAUCUAGCCAGCAAGGGAAUCAAGGACCUUCUAGCAAACAGAGGAAGCCAGGGUCAUCCAGCCAUCAAGGAAAUCUACGAUUAUCUAGCCAGCAAGGGAAUAUAGGAUCUCCUAGCCAACAGGGGAAGCCAGAGUCUUCUAGCCAACAAGGGAAUCUAGGGUCAUCUAGCCAUCAAGGGAAACCAGGGUCAUCUAGCCAUCAAGGGAAGCCAGCGUCAUCUAGCCAACAAGGGAAGCCAGGGGCAUCUAGUCAACAAGGAAAUCUAGGGUCAUCUAGCCAGCAAGGAGAUCUAGGAUCUUCUAAGCAGCAAGGGAAGCCAGGGUCAUCUAGCCAGCAAGGAAAUAUAGGGUCAUCUGGCCAGGAAUGGAAGCCAGAGUCAUCUAGCCAACAGAGAAAAUUAAGGUCACUUUACAACCAACAACAAAGAAAAAAUAUCGACAACACUUUGGAUGGCAAUAUAAUGGCCUUUCAGUGCCAUGGCUAUCGUUUGCCCAAAGAAAAUGAAAAGAUACUUAAAUUAAACCUUGAACAGUAA